UCAUCAUCUAAACCUGUUUUACGUUAUGCAGCUGUUCGAACACUUAAUAAAGUUGCUAUUCAAUAUCCAGCAGCUAUAACAGCUUGUAAUGUUGAUCUUGAAACAUUAAUUACUGAUUCAAAUCGAUCAAUUGCAACAUUAGCUAUAACAACUCUUCUUAAAACGGGUAAUGAAGUAGGUGUUGAUCGAUUAAUGAAACAAAUCUCAUCAUUUUUAUCUGAAAUAUCAGAUCAAUUUAAAACAGUUGUUGUUGAUGUAAUUAAAUCAUUAUGUCAAAAAUUUCCACGUAAACAUACUGUAUUAAUGACAUUGCUUUCAAAUAUGUUACGUGAAGAAGGUGAUUAUGAAUAUAAAAAGGCAAUUGUUAAUACAAUUAUUUCAAUUGUUGAAGAAAAUCCUGAAGCAAAAGAAGCAGAUUGUGAACAUACAUCAUUAGCUACUCGUAUUAUUCAUUUAUUGGGUCGUGAAGGAUCACGUACAACAACACCAGCAAAAUAUAUUCGUUAUAUUUAUAAUCGUGUUAUUCUUGAAAACGCACCUGUUCGAGCUGCUGCUGUAAGUGCAUUAGCUAAAUUUGGUACAGCUUCAGAAGAUUUAUUACCAAAUAUUUUGGUACUUUUACAACGAACAACACUCGAUCAAGAUGAUGGAGUACGUGAUCGUGCUAUAAAGCACUUAAUUCAGCUUAUAUUCUCAAUUGUAAGUAUAACAAAUUAAAUUAAAUUAAAUAUUUUAAUAUAGCAAUGAAUGUAU